AGAUAAGCCACAAUGAGCCGUCCAGCUAUCUUGCAGCACGUCAGGCGAGCGCACUCAGCUACUUGGAAGAAGAACCCAAAUCUUGACAAAAUAAUCCGCGUAGACCACGCGGGCGAGCUAGGCGCGGACCGCAUCUACGCGGGGCAGAUGGCUGUACUCGGCAACACGGCCGAAGGACCCACCAUCAAGCACAUGUGGGAGCAGGAGGUCAAGCACCGCGAGCGCUUCGAACAGUUAAUAAACGAAUACAGAGUGCGGCCAACAGUGCUCACGCCGAUAUGGAACGUUGCUGGCUUCGUCCUUGGCGCAGGCACCGCCCUAAUGGGCAAAGAAGCUGCCAUGGCCUGCACCGUGGCCGUCGAGACCGUCAUAGUGGAACACUACAACGACCAGCUCCGGACUCUCAUGGACGACCCCAACGUGGACCCCGAGAUCCUGGCCACCAUCACCAAGUUCCGUGAUGAGGAGCAGGAGCACCACGAUACAGGGAUAGAUCAUGGGGCGGAGCAGGCGCCGUUCUAUAAGGCGCUCACUGAGGUCAUAAAAGCCGGGUGUAAGGGGGCUAUCGCUAUUUCUAAGAGGAUUUAAGUUCCUGUAAUGUCG